ACUGCCAACGCAGGAUGCAGAUCGGGGAUGGAACAACGUACACUCCGGGCAGAAAGCUUAGCGUCUCAUCGUUCCGCGGUUCACAUUAGCGCGAAUUUUGACCUUCUUUCAACCUCACUGCACACAAUUAUUCUCCGUGUACAUUGCAAACAUGGCGCCCCCAUCUCUGGACGACGUAGACGCCCAGCUCAAAGCCAUCGUCCAAAACCUCUACAGCCUCACCGUCACAGCCUACCAGCAUGAAGGCGCGCCCUCCGUGAACGCCAUGAAAGAAGAAAUUAUGAGUCUCUUGAGGAACCUCAACGACCUCAAAAGCACCGCUCCCCGUAUCAAUGUGGAGAUCCCACCCGAAGUCAUCAGCUAUGUUGAGCAUGCCCGCAACCCAGAUAUCUACACCCGCGAGAUGAUGGAACUGCUCCAGCGGUCGAACCAGCUGCUAAAGGGCAAGAGCGAGGCGUUUGCGCAGUUGAGGGAUAUCCUCGCCAAGGAGAUUAUGACUGGCAUACCAGAGCUGAGGGGUGAUGUGAAGAAAGUGGUUGAGUCUACUGGGGGGACGGUAGCGGAUUGAGAGGAUGAGGGGCGGAAUGGUAGCCCCAAGAGGGCAAAUAUAUUCAUCAAGUUGACCAGUGCUUGCGACGGCGGCUGGAUUGGCCGAUGGGAGAGGGCUAGGACGGCAAAUCUCAAGGAGACAGGAGGUGCCCUCGGCAUAGCUACCAGCUGCCAGCAUGCAUUCGGAUCUCUAAUCUCUUCCUAGAGCGAGACGAUAUAAUUCCUUGACCUUACAGUAAGAUGUUGUCGGUAUGUAGAGCAAACUACCGGAAAACCGAGAG